AUGGAUGAAUAUGAAAUUCUUGAGGAUUCUAUGAGUCUGGAACAAACUCAUGGAGUAGAAAUUAUAUCGCAAAAUUCUCCUGUGGCAGUAGGAAGCCAAAAGCAAACGAUUCGUGGUAAAGGAUUUACCAUGGUGGAGGAUGAGGCUCUGUGUCGAGCUUAUUUGGCUAUCUCACAAGAUCCAAUUAUAGGCACUAAUCAGACCAUGGCGAAUUUGUGGGAGCGUAUACGAUUGUGUUUCUCUUCCCAAGCAGAUGUUAACUGCAAUAGAACCGCUGUUUCUUUAAUGAAACGGUGGUCGAAAAUUCAAAAAGCUGUGAGCAAAUUUUGUGGUUUUCUUGCCCAAGUAGAAAGAAGGCAAAAAAGUGGAACCGGAGAAAAGGAGAAGAUGGCCGAGGCUAAACGUAUGUUUAGUAUUGAUGAACGUAAUAAGUCAUUCAUGUUUGAAUCUUGUUGGGAAAUAUUGCGCCACAGUUGUAAGUGGGAUGAAAUAAUGACACCAUCGCAAAAACCUACGGUCCAAACAGCAACUUCUUCAAAUCCUUCCACUGGUACUCCAACAUCCCUUGAAUCUGAGCUAGAUUUGGACCAACAACCUUCAAGAGAGGGAGUAAACCGACCAAGUGGUAUAAAAGCCGCUCUCGAAUCACGAAGGAAGAAGGUGAUUGAUGAUGUUAAGUUUGAGCAAACGGCAGCAAACCUGAGUCAAAUAAUAAAUGUCUUGACUGGUAUCUCCUCGCGAGGUAUUGAACGAGAGCAACAAAAAGCUACUGAUCGUCAAAAGAAGGCCGAGGAUAGGGAGGCACAGCUAUACUACUUGGCAGAAAGGAAUGAAAGGGAGCAAAGGAAGGAGGAUCAUAUCAUAAUGUCAAUGGACAUGUCAAACUUAACUCCUAUGCAGAGAGCUUACUAUGAGCAGCGUCAACAACAAAUCAUUGCUCGAACUGGGAUGCUUUAA